CUCUGACCCCCUGUCGACACGCCCAGGCAGUUACAGCAACAGCUUAGCAAAGUUUGCAAAACGUCGAAGAAGUAGCCGCAUGAGUCUCUGAAUUAACAAGUCUUUCAAAACAAAUAACCACCAAGCUAAAACGACAAUGGACAAACUCCGCCGUGUUCUCAGUGGUCGUGAGGAGAAUGAGGAGCUGGGUCUGACGGCACAGGUCCUGGAUGCCUCCACGCUGAGCUUCAGCACCCGUGUCAAGUGGUUCUUCAUCUGCUUUGCGUCAGGGGUCCUCUGCUCCAUACUCGGCUCAGCAUUUCUCUUCAUGCCAAAGAAUGGCCUCAAGUUGUUUGGGGUGUUUUACACAUUGGGGAACAUCUCUGCCCUGUCCAGCACCUGUUUCUUGAUGGGGCCGCUGAAACAGCUGAAGCGUAUGUUUGAGCCCACCAGACUCAUAGCCACCUGUGUCAUGCUGCUCUGCCUGAUUUUGACUCUGUGUGCCGUUUUCUGGUGGAAGAAGAAUGGGCUGGCCAUAAUCUUCUGUAUUCUCCAGUUCCUGGCCAUGACAUGGUACAGUAUCUCCUACAUUCCAUUUGCCCGUGGCCCUGCCUGCCUACGUUGUGCGCGUUCCCCAGGCCCCUUUCCAGUAGGCGUCCCCAGCUUCUCGUCAGUUUUCUCUGCACGUGCCGCCUGCUCCUCUGCCAAGUCUCCGUACAGGGCAAGGUGGUUGGAGUCCUCGCUUCAGAACGAUACACAGUCAUUCGAACUUCCCCCUAUCCCUUAAAAUCAAUAAACUGUGAUAACAUUUGCUUGUCCAUGUUCUGUCUCUGGCUCUAGUGUGAAUCAUUGACCCAGAAUGAUUGCGAUCAGGAAAGGUUCAGAACUAAACAAAAAAAAAAUGCAAUGCAGCUUUGCAAUUGUUGGGUUUUUAUUUUGACAAGUUUUCAUCCUUUCGUUUUCCAUGUUUUUGAAAGGUUUGGUAUGAAUGGCUCACAGGAUUUUGUUUAACAGCUGCUAUGAAUUUAUGUAGUCACACUUUUAGAACGUCUAUAGGAUAUGUGUUGCGUUUACCUUUAAUCACAUUGUACAUUUGUUUUGCACCCGUUAGGUCUUGAGUUAAAUGGAAAAAAAACAAGCAUGACAAUGUUGUAUGUAUGCUGCUGUAUGACUUUAAAAGACUACCAAAACAACCUUUUUUUUCAGCUGUGCAAGUAUGAUAAAAAAUGAUGAACACCACCAACACCCAUCUCGUGCUCAGCAACACACAAUGACAAUUGAAUAAGAAAUAAAAUAAGAAAAAAAUAAGUUAUUCCAAAAUAAAAAAUUGUACCAACAAUUCACCUGAAUAUAGCAUGAAAAAAAAUACUAAAUCAACCCCUUUUUUGUCCAUUUUAAACUUCAUCUGUUUCGUAUUGUGAUCAGCAUACCGGUAUACAGUCGGAAUACAACAACAGCAGAACUAGACAGCACUGCCCUGGUUGACUUUGUCACAGUUUCCAGU